AUGUAUUAUCUAAUGAAAGUUUGUCAAAAGCAUACUGUGCCUCUACAUGGUACUAUGGAUGAUUCUGACGGUAAUGAAUACAACUCUGCAGUGACAUUCAGCUGUAAUGAGGACUAUCUUUUGGUUGGAAAAAAGACAAGCACUUGUGGAGAUGACGGCAAGUGGAGUAGUGAGCCUCCAAUAUGUGAGAAAAAAUCCGAUGUUGGAGGACCUUGCCUUAGUAUAGAGUAUUGUUUGAUGGCCGGUUCUAUGUGUAUCGACUCAGUAUGUAAAUGUCUCACAGGGAUACAUAACAGCAAAUCAAAGAUAUGUGAUAAAAUGCCUCUAUUACCUUACGGGAUUGAUGAAGGGGAUCAUUCUAUAUCAAAGGCUGAUGUGUGUGGACCUGCUUUAUCAUUUCUGCCCGGAAUGCCCGUAUCUGGUUCCAUGCGUAAACAUUUGUUUGUAAGUUCCUAUGGCCUUGUAAGUUUUGAUACGAAAUACACAAACCCGACUCCGCCAGAAGAUAUAAACAGUAUUAUUGAAAUCGGCAAUCAAACCAUCAUUGCACCAUUCUUUGGUCCCAUUGAUAAAAGAUCAUCAGGCCCUGUUUACUUUAGAUCAUAUGAUAUCUUGAACUCGUAUGACAAAAUGAAAGAGGAUGAAGAAUUGAUAUCUUACAUAGAGAAUAUUGUGAUAAAGUUUGGCGAGAGGGAAACUUUCGAUGCCAGCUUUGUAAUGAUAGCCACCUGGCAUGAAGCAAAGACAACAAGUGCAGGAUUUGAUUCUACAAAGAAAUCCACUUUUCAAGCUGUAGUUGUAUCGGACGGAAAAUCAACGUACAUGUUAUACAUUUAUGGACACGGUUUAAUGAAUUGGAAACGAAGGGUACGAAGGGAUUUGGAAAAUCAAUCGAACGCACCCGUAUGGGUUGGCAAUAAUGUUCAAAAUGAUCAACCAUAUACACAUCCCUAUGCCUUUAAUUCUCAAGCUUUAUAUCUAGACAGGCAACUAGAUGUAUCCUCAACAGAAAACGAUGUUGAUGGACUUGUCUUUAAACCCUUGCAUCAGCUAAACAGGAAUUACGAAAACGAUGCUGUUGAUUGUAUUAAUUGGUAUAACGACAAUUUUGACAAGAAGAAGAACCUAGAUUAUCUCGCAAGCCUUAUGCCAGAAUGUCCAUGUGAUAUAUGGCUCUCUCGUUUCGAUCCUUGGUUUUGGAAAAUAGGAUUACAAAAAUCAAGGAAGGAUGAAAAACAUAUCUGUGUAGAUAUGCCCUUUGCUGGAAAAUUUAGGCAUUUUGGAAAAUCAUGCUGUUACGACGUUAAAACAUGGCUCUGGGUAUAUGAACGUCCCUAUGCUGGAGGGUUUCAAUUUUACCACCCGCAUUUUCAAACAGAGCAUUUUUUAAAUGAUGUUGUUUACAAGAAAAAAUGCUGUGAUUACUCAAAUCAUUGCAACUUAUUCUACGAGCUAAGACCAACUGGGUCGUGCUAUGUUUCUUCACCAUAUGACUUCGGUGCAUUUUGGGGCGAUCCACAUUUUAUAACUUUAGAUAGAAAGAAUUUUACAUUCAACGGUCUUGGCGAGUAUACGUUAUUACAUGUUGACACCGAUAACUUUACUCUCGACAUCCAAGCAAGAACUGAAAGGGCACUUAAAAAGGAUGGUAGCCUUUCAGACGCCACAGUUUUUAGCGCAUUUGCCGUGAAAGAAUCUUCAAAUACUUCUCUCCAUGUUGAGCUUAAUAAAGCAAAAACAGGCAUGAUUAUUUACGCAAACAAUGUUGACAUCACUAGCCAGUUCUAUGCAAAUACCGACACUGAGUCUCAAUCUUUUCAUAUCCGUGAGGAACCGUCGAGUGGGACGUUGAUUAUUUCAAAAAUGGAUGAAACUCUUAGUGUUUUAUUGCCAACGAGUGGAAUAUCUCUCAAUAUAUCAGUGAACGUAGAAAUGCUUUCUUUAAAAACCGGGGUGCCAAAGGUAUUUCAUGGGCUGACGACUGGAUUAUUGGGAAACUAUGAUGGUAAUCCAGGGAAUGACUUCACAAUGCCAAAUGGAACUGUCCUCCAAGGAAAUCUUACGGAACGAGAAAUUUAUGAGUACGGAAAGACAUGGUCGAUCAAUGCCAAUGACUCCGCAUUUUUUUAUGAAGACGGCAAAUCGCAUUUGGAUUUCCAUAAUGACUCGUAUAUUCCACGUUUUCUUGAUGAAGCUGAUCCUUACAAAAUAUUGGAAGCGGAAAAAGCUUGUAACGGCUCACAAAAUAUCGAAUGUAUUUUUGACCUCGUUUUUACUGAGAAAAUUGAAAUAGCCAACCAAACAAGCAUCAUUAGAGGAGAGUUAGACUCUGCUACGGCUGAACUUGAAAUAACAGUGCCUACGCUUUCUGGAUGUGAAGUCAUAUAUGCAACGAAAGGUCAAAAUGUAAAUUGUCGCAUACAUUUCGAUUCUGAUGAUGAAGUCUUCUUCCUAGAAAACAGUGUUGAUGCAAAGAUUGAUAUUACUUCUUCAUCAGUCACAUACUUCCAAAUAAAUGUUGACCCUGUGAAGAUUCGCAUUGCAACGAAAAACAAAAAUGGUCGCUCUUCCCCAAGUUUCAUGUUAAAUAUCGUUCUGUGUACACUGUGUAAUGGUCAUGGCGCGUGCAGCAAUGAAACACGUGAUGAUGAAAUUGGUGGAGGGUAUUUUAGAUAUGCCAAAUGUAUAUGUGAGCCGCAAUAUCAAGGAGACGAUUGUGAGCAUGAUUUUGACGCAUGCGCAGCAAAUCCAUGUUCACUAAAAAGAACGUGCCAGUCCCUUGCAGCAGAUGAGCAGAAAAAACAAAAUAGGUCACAUGUUUGUGGACCGUGUCCAACUGGUUUUGAAGCAGAUAACAAAGCCGAAUGUAUAGAUGUUGAUGAAUGUGUAAAUAAUGAACAUAAUUGUGAACAUACUUGCACAAAUACAGAAGGCAGCUUUGAGUGCUCUUGUAGGAGUGGUUAUGAGUUGAAAAGCAAAAACAAGUGUAAAGACAUAAAUGAAUGCGAUAUAGACAUACAUAAUUGUACACAUAAAUGUGUAAACAACGACGGGGGAUUCUUCUGCGAGUGUUAUCCGGGCUUCGAAUUCGAUAUUUCUGCCUGGACAUGCAUUGAACAUUCAGAUGCGAGAGGUUGCAAUGAUUCAGAAAAGACAGCGUGUUCGGGUACAAGUGGCUGUAGUAAAAUUAGAGGAGUGCCUGAAUGUUUCUGUACUAACGGAUUCGAGCUAGAUGAUACAAAAACAGCUUGCAAAGACAUAGAUGAAUGCAGCCGAGGUGUUUGUCCGCAUGACUGUGUUAACACUAAUGGGAGUUUUGAGUGUGUUUGUUUAACUGGUUAUGAGCUCCAUGAUUUGACUACUUGCAAAGCUUGUGCUGUUCCCUAUUGGGGAGACAACUGUGCAAACAAAUGUGUCUGUACAGGCCGUGGUGCAGACAGAUGCGACCCAGUUAAAGGUUGUAUUUGUAAGCCUGGUUGGCAGGGAGAAAAAUGUGAUAAUGACAUUAAUGAAUGUUCUGCAACAUUUGAACGAUGUGAUGAUCCAUUUAAAACAUGUGUCAAUAGUCUUGGUUCUUACACAUGCUCUUGUCGCUCUGGAUAUCAGCUGACAGAUGAACAAAAAUGUGAAGACAUAAACGAAUGUGCUGAUCCAUGGCUCAAUGACUGUAUGCAGGAAUGCGCUAACACUGUUGGAAGUUAUUCUUGCAAAUGCAGAGAAGGUUAUACGAAAAUAAAUGGAACCUUCUGCACAGAUGUGGACGAAUGUGAAUUGGGUCUGGACAAGUGUACACAAAGAUGUAUAAAUAAUCUGGGCUUUUAUUCGUGUUCCUGUUAUUUUGGAUAUUCUCUCAACGAUGAUCGACAAACUUGUGAAAAAUUGUGUGACCCAUGCUUGAGUAUCAAAAAUUUGACAUGCUCACAUUUCUGUGUGUUAGCUGACGAAGAUGCCACGUGUUCUUGUAUGAAAGGUUUCAUUUUGAAUCAUGAUAAUGAAACAUGUUCAGAUAUAAAUGAAUGUGAGAAUGAGGCCGACAAUAAAUGCCAUAUCAAUGCUACGUGUAUAAAUACGGCUGGGUCGUAUAAUUGCGAGUGUCCAGUUGGUACACAACUAGAAAAUGAUGGCAGAACUUGUUCAGAAUGUGAUGACUAUCACUAUGGCAAGAAUUGUUUGCGUGAAUGCAGCUGUCUUUAUGGGCAUUGUGACAAAAUAAAAGGGUGUAUAUGUCAACACGGAUGGGUUGGUGAUAAUUGUGACAUCGAUAUCAACGAGUGUGAAACAGAACAAAUUGAUUGUGCUGACAAAAAUACGAUGUGUGUAAACCUUCUUGGGAGUGCUACGUGCUUAUGUAAAACCGGAUAUGAAAAUAGUACUGGGAAAUGCAUGGAUAUCGAUGAGUGUUCUGAUUUACAGCUCAACUCAUGUGACCAACAGUGUAUUAAUACAAAAGGAAGCUUCACAUGUAGCUGUCACAAUGGGUUUCAUCUUAAAAAUGGAAAAUGCAUAGAUAUUGAUGAAUGUGCAAAUAAACAUGGAUGUGGUCAAAUUUGUGAAAACACCAUUGGCAGUUAUUUAUGUUCAUGUGAGGAAGGCUUCAGGCUUCAAUUGUCUGACAGAAAAACUUGUAGACCUGAGACGGAAUGUAAUGAGGAAGAAAGCAAACCUUGUCCCGCGCAUGCGUCAUGUUACGUAAAUAAUGGGAUAAUAAGUUGUAGAUGUUUGACAGGAUUUCAAAUGAGUGGAGAUAUUUGCGAAGAUGUUGACGAAUGCCUGCCCAGUGUUCAGCCAUGUGACCAUCUAUGCAAUAAUACUGCUGGUAGUUUUGUAUGUAGUUGUAAAACAGGGUUUCAGUUACAAGAUGAUAAAGUUACAUGCGAAGAGAGUUCAAGAACAGCUGCUUUUCCAGGAAAUUCAUUUAAGCAUUCACUCACAUUAAACAUGGAUCUCCCAGCUGAUACCAAUCUUCAAACCGCUGCCACUUACAACGCACUUGAAAUGGAGAUAAUUUCUACACUCUUGGACUUUUACAAGAAAUAUAUUUCUGUUUUGAUUGAAAUUAUAAUUAAUGAUAUAAGGAAUGGAAGUAUUAUCGUAGAUUAUACUGUUGUGUAUGUUGAACCCAACGAGGACGAUGCUGCAAAUCUAACUAAAGCUGUCCUUGAUUUAGAACAUGGUACACAAUUAACAGUGUAUGGACAAAAUGUCAGUGUUAUGUCAACGAUGUAUAUGGAUUUGAAACCAUGUGAACUGUACAGUGUGACUGUCGGCAGUUGUAAACAAGGCUACCAUUGCACAGUUGAAAAUAAUAUUCCUGUUUGCAGGCAGAGUUUUGAAGAUAAUGAGGCAAACUGGCCGUUUGUCAUUGGAUUAUCUUGUGCUGGACUAUUUGUUAUGAUUAUGGCUGUAGUAAUUGUGAGACAUCUGUUGAGAAAACAAAAAAUGAAGGAAGUUGACACUAAAGAUCUGGCUUCGGUUACACCCCUCACAUUGAAACCUCGUAAAUCGGAUCUUCUCACAGAACCAGCGAUGUUUAGACAAAGUGAAAGCGAAUUUGGGUACAACGAACAGUUUGAUGCACCCAAUGAGAGACCAACAUACAGCAUUGUUGACAACGAUGACAUCAAAUUCUAGAUAAAAGAACGAAACGCACACUGAGUAAAAUCAUACACGUCGUGGAUUUCGUUGAAAUAUUGAUAAUAUUUAUAUUUUUGUUUUUGUUUCUUAUAAAAACUUGCUAAAUCACAUCUUUUUGAUGACAGAACAUUGUUGUAAAAAUUUAUGUCUACAUGUACUGAAUUCGCAUUAAGCCUUUUUCUCUUUUAGAAGGGUCAAACAUGUGUUUAAUAAUAUUUUAAUGAUAGACUAGAUCAUAUUCGGUUUUAUCACUUAAAAAAAGUAACACUGAAUGUGAAUUAAUUUGUCAUGAAAGCAGCAAAUGUAAACAAAGUGGUAUUUUGACUACCAUACACAAAACAUAAACCCGUUCAUUGUACUGACGUUUAAAAGCAAACGAUUGUUCAGGUAUAUAACUAAAAAGUAACGUUUUGGAAGCUACAAAAGAACACAUAAUUCUUCUAAGAAAUAGACAUAUAGGCAAGUUUACUUAUUUAUUCUUGACCUAAAUCUAGAGUGCGCUUACUGACAAUAAUGGAAAAGUUUGUUAAAAGAAUUAUUGACAUAUUAUGUAGAUACUAUUUGCUUCAGGGAAAUUUUCCCGCUUUAAAACUCUUGCUUUAUCGCAUUUAUAUUUGUAUUUGUAUGUUAAUGCUGUAUUUUUCCCGUUCCCGAGCCGUGUUUUCGUACUCUGUAAGAAUGAUACGACAAGGUAGUAAAUAUAUUUUGGUGUGCCAUCAUAUUCGUUGUACAUACAUAGCAUGAACACAUUUAAUAUAAUUUAUUAAGAACA